AUGAUGGACUCUGAACCGGAUGUGAAGAAGAGGAGGAGCGACUCCAAAGGGGGCGUGUCUUCAUCUGACUCUGACAGAUGGACACCAGAACUGGCAGAGGUCCAUGAGAAAUUCCGGUCUACACUGAAGAGCAAGUUUCAGCAUCUGAAUGAGGGAGUACCUAAUCAGGGAGAAUCCAGACUCCUCCAGAAGAUCUACACAGAGCUCUUUCUAACAAAGGGAGGAGGAGGGGUCAAUGAGGAACAUGAGUCAAACUCCUGCAGUUUGAAGGAGCUGAACCUGAGUUUCAAUGAGCUUCAUGAUGCAGGAGUUCAGCAUCUCUCAGAGCUCCUCAAGAAUCCCCACUGCAAACUGGAGAAGGAGCUGGACCUGAGUAACAAUGAGCUUCAUGAUGCAGGAGUUCAGCAUCUCUCAGAGCUCCUCAAGAAUCCCCACUGCAAACUGGAGUGCAUACCUCUAUUGAUGGAGGAUCACCACAAUGGUGCCCCACAGAGGAGCUGUGAAUCCUGUGCUGAAGUUCCAGACUCCAGCCACUGGGUCCUGGUGAAGCCUGAAGUCUCCACAGAGGAGAGUGUCUCCACCUACAGCCUGAGUUCUCCUGCAGGGAGCUAUGAGUGCGCAGAGUCUGGUCUGCGCUGGACGUGUGCUGGUCCAGUCACUCUGCAGUACCGCUUCACUGAUUGGCAUGUCUUUGCUGAAGAGCUGGCCCACAUGCAGCUCGGACCUGCUGGUCCUCUGAUGGACAUCAAGCUCAUGUCAGGAGAGCUGGAGGAGAUCCACCUGCCACAUUUCCUCUGUUUGGGGGGUUCAGAGGCGUCUGUGUGUGAUGCUGUGAGGGUCCUGCAUGGACGGGAGAGUGGAGUGUGUGUGGAGGUGUGUGAGAUGACCAGACACCAUGCCAGGCUUCUCCACCCCUCCUUCUCUCUGUUUGGGCUGGUGCAUUACCUGAGCGAUCUGCUUUUUCCCAAAGUCCACUGUGAGCUGCUGCUCUUCUGCACCUGCAUCACUCCCCUGGAACUCCACACCUACCUGGUGCCAAAUGACCCAGCUCACAUCCAGGCCAUCCACAAGAAGGAGGUGGAGAAGAGGGGGGUGUGGAUUGACAAACCCGGCGCUGUGGGCUCGCUUUGGCUGAAGGACACCUUUUGUGUGAGGACAUUGUGUCCAUCUUGUCCUUCGGAAAUCCAACCUAAGAAGAACCUGAACCUGUGGCCGCCUUCCACUAGUAAGUUUUUUGAAGUGUGCAUGAAGCAGCCAGAGGAGGAGUUUGAUAUGGAGGUCAUCAGCUCUCAGCACACAGAGCCCAUCUGGACAGUCACGAUCCGCAGACGCGACUACUGCCAGCCCAGCAGGAGCCCAGGACAGGGCAGCAGCCAGGGGACAAACACAGAGCGGCUGUUCCAGGUGCGGCCCGGCCUCAUCAGUGGAGUGUCCAGCGGUGUCCUGAGGAGCAUGCUGGACCGACUCCAGGUCCACAGGCCUCCUGUGCUGAGCAGCAGGGAGGCUGGAGAGGUCCUGCAGAGGAACCAGGUGCUGCAGGACCAGGUGAGCUGCCUGGUGGACAUGGUGCACAGGAAGGGAGAUACAGCUUGCAGAAUCAUGCUGGUCCUGCUGGAGGAACUGGACCCCCACCUUUAUGGAGAGCUGCACCUGUGACCACCUGCAGGGGGCGCCCCUCUCACCCUGUGUGUGUGUGUGUGUGUGUGUGUGUGUGUGCCUGCUGGAGGAACUGGACCCCCACCUUUAUGGAGCGCUGCACCUGUGACCACCUGCAGGGGGCGCCCCUCUCACCCUGUGUGUGUGUGUGUGUGUGUGUGUGUGUGUGUGUGUGUGUGUGUGUGUGUGUGUGUGUGUGUGUGUGUGUGUGUGUGUGCCUGCUGGAGGAACUGGACCCCCACCUUUAUGGAGCGCUGCACCUGUGACCACCUGCAGGGGGCGCCUCUCUCACCCUGUGUGUGUGUGUGUGU